AUGACGUCGUCGUCCAGCACAGUCUCUUUCGCAGACGAAAUGCAGCACCGAGAUCGACCCCACGACCAUGGGAUCCGGGCAGGUGCCCAGCAGGGAGAGCACGUCAUGAACUUGCACAUAAAUGAUCGAAAUUUCGCUGCUGCAGCCCUUGGUGAUGAGCAACCGCCGCUGCUCAUUUUGCCACUUGCAAAGUCCGUGGACCUCUGGUCUUUGGACUCCUCAUCGAGUGCCACGACUUCGACGGCUACUUCCACGACCAUCACUACCACCAUGUCCACCACUCUCCAUCUCGCUGCUCCUUAUAGCCACAGUCUCUCCAUGUCGCCCUGUAGCAGCGAUGACUCCGAUCUUUUGGUCCUCAUGGGUCCAGACCAACAACCAACUCCGACGAAGAAGCUUAAGAAAAGUCGUCGGGUCCGGGCGCUCUCCACCGAGCGGAGUCGGCAGUGCCGCGAGCGCCAAAAGCAGUACUCCCAGAGUCUCGACGCGGUCGUCCGUGCCCUGCGCACCGACGUGCGCGACCUCGAGAUCUUGCGCAACUUGCGUCAAGAACAGAUCGUCAACGUCUGCGGGUCCGUCUCGGGCUCGCUCGCCAAGAUCAUCCGCGAGUACAUGACGGUGUUCCGGCAUGGCAUGCCCGCUCCCGCUGUGGAGACUGCGCUGGCAAGAGGAAAGCGCGACCUUGCAGUGAUGUACCAACCGACGCCUGACGCCCAGUGCGAGUUCCUCAACUGCAUGAUGGACCCGUACGUCGAGGUCUUUGACUGGUGUGGGCGGUUCGUGCUGGGAGCUAGCACCGUGCUCAAUGGGUGGCGCGCGUGGGCCGCCUGGCACGACUCGCUCAGUUUUGAGCUCGUUAACAUUGACGUGGUAGAUACAGAGGACACGCUGGCCGUAACGACCAAGGCGAAUCUCCGGGUGCGGGUCUCGCCAACGACGAUUGCCCACCUCUUCCCGCACAUUGCGGACGACCGGGAGCUUUGCCGCAAACUCCUGGGUCAGGAGAUCUGCUACCCGGUCCACGACACCUUCUUCUUUGCCGCGAACAAACGGGUGAUCAAGUACACGUGUGACGUGGACUUUUCCAAAGCGCUGCUGCCGGUAGCAGGCAACUACGAGACGGUGCUGUACCUCAUGUCGCCCCCUAGUCAGGCGUCGUUGAGCGACCUUGCUGUACGCACUUCACCAGGGGAUCUAGCUGAGCGCUCGCCUCUGGACGUCAAGUUUCUGCUCUCGGAGGAGUGA